AUGAACUUUAUCUUACUCUCUUCUUUAUUUUUACUUGCAAUAUCAGGGCCAGCUUUUCUCCCUGAUGACUCAUCUCCAGUCCUAACUCAAGCAGAUAUCGAAUUUAUAAACCAGAGUCAAAAUCUCUGGACUGCCUCUUUAUCAUGGGCUGGCCAAAUGACAGUAUCACAAGCAAAAUCUUUGGCUAAUGCUCAGAUCAAGCCUCGCGAAUUUCCAGAAGCCCCAGAAAGACUUUAUAUGAAGUUAAAAGCUCCUACUUCAUUUGAUUCCCGAACUCAAUGGCCAGGAUGCGUUCACCCAAUUCUUCAACAGGGCAAAUGUCUCGCAUCCUGGGCGUUUGGCCCUACCCAAGCACUUUCUGACCGUCUAUGUGUUGCAUCAAAAGGCCAAAUUAAUAUUGCCUUGUCUCCACAGUAUUUAAUUGAUUGCGAUACCUUUGACUUUGGCUGCAGAGGAGGAUACCCAGAUCAAGCAUGGAAUUUUUUGAAGACCAAUGGAGCAUCAACCUUGACUUGUUUACCUUAUACAGACGUGGAUGGAGCUUGCCCUUCAACAUGUGCCAGUGGACAAAUACUCCAGCUUUACAAAACAUCAACGGUAAACACUUAUUCUGGAGUGACUGCAAUUCAGAAUGCUAUCAGCACCAACGGACCAGUUGAAAGCACAAUGACUGUUUACCAGGAUUUUGUAGGCUACACUGGAGGAAUUUAUAAGCACACUUCAGGUGGAGUCGUUGGAGGCGCAUCUGUAAGAAUAAUCGGAUGGAAUAACCAAAACGGAACGAAUUAUUGGAUUUGCGCCAAUAACUGGGGAACCAGCUGGGGAAUAUCAGGAUAUUUCUGGAUUGCUUUUGGAGAGUGUGGAAUUGAUAAUCAAGCUAUUGGUGGCAUUCCUAAAGUUUAA